AUCACUUGUCUUCUGUCAUCAGGUGAUUUAGGUUUGGGAGUAAAAAAGUCCUGAAUAGGGAUAAACGCCAAUAUUUUCCUAAAUCAAUAUGUCUGGAAAGGAAAGGCUAGCAAUUUUCCCGUCUCGGGGUGCUCAGAUGUUGAUUAAGGGCCGUCUGGCGGGUGCACAGAAAGGCCAUGGUCUCCUGAAGAAGAAGGCUGAUGCCCUCCAAGUGAGGUUCCGUAUGAUCCUCAGCAAAAUUAUUGAGACAAAAACCCUUAUGGGUGAAGUGAUGAAAGAGGCUGCUUUCUCGCUGGCUGAGGCUAAGUUCACAACUGGAGAGUUCAACCAAGUGGUGCUGCAGAAUGUCACCAAGGCUCAAAUCAAGAUCCGUUCCAAGAAAGACAAUGUUGCUGGUGUUACUCUCCCUAUUUUCGAGUCUUACACAGACGGAACUGACACAUACGAGCUCGCUGGUUUGGCCAGGGGUGGUCAACAGCUCACCAAGCUGAAGAAGAACUUCCAGAGUGCUGUGAAGCUGCUCGUUGAGUUGGCUUCCCUACAGACUUCUUUCGUAACCCUUGAUGAGGUCAUCAAGGUUACCAACAGGCGUGUCAAUGCUAUUGAGCACGUGAUCAUUCCUCGGCUGGAGCGUACUCUGGCGUACAUCAUCUCUGAGCUUGACGAGCUCGAGCGUGAGGAGUUCUACCGGCUGAAGAAGAUCCAGGACAAGAAGAAGAUCAUCAAGGACAAGGCUGAGGCACGUAAAAAGGCGAUGUUGUUGGCUGGCCAUCAUGACGAGCACGACGCUGCGAACUUGCUCGACGAAGGCGAUGAAGACUUGCUGUUCUAAGUCCAACGCCAACAUUGUAGACACUCAUAAUUAUGCCUAGCCAGUUGUUAGUAGACGUGCAGUCAAGUCAGCCCGCAAAUGUUUGGACCAACGUUUGUAACACACAUCUGUAUCCAAACCUGUCAUAUCAACCUUUCCAAACAGAUUCCUUGGUACUUACUCUGAUAAAUUGGUUCUUUGUUAGUAUGAAAGCUUCAUAACUUGACUGCGUGAAUUUAAAAUGAUAUUACAGUGUUCAUUACGUUGUAAAUACAGUAUUGUUGUAUCACUGUUAAAUAUGUACUAUGUGCUGUUAAAACUAAAAUGAUUAUUAACUAUAUACCCCUGUAUUGCGGUUUUAAACAGCGGUCAAUGAAUUAGGAUUGGCUGUUUGCUUAGGUGUUGUCGUAUGUAAGCAUUCCACCACAUUUCGAUUUUGUUUUUAUUUUUCAAUGCUUUUUGAGACGCUGUACGUAGCAUAAAAUCAGUAUAAGUACACCUAUUAAGUAUUUAUGAUUUUGAAUUGUUGUUUGGUAACAUAACUAUAAUAUUUUAAGUAAGCAAUCAUGUAAAUACAAGUUUGUGAAGCGAAAUAUAUAAUAAUUAUUAUUGAUUC